AUGAGCGUCCGGUCGAAACGAAACAAAUCACCCAAGCUCGGGGUGAAUACAGCCCUUGACUCCAAGGGCGGAACGGGUAAAAGUAACGGCGUAUCGAAAAUGAACAAGAACGCCGAGUACAGGCGCAAGACGGGCCCCCAAGGCUCCGAAGUUGUGACGGCAAACCUGAUGGCGCGCGAGAACUUUUCCCUCGAUGAGCCAGUGCCAAAGACGCCUGCGCUCAACAACCAUGGCUUCUUCGAGCUGCCUCGUGUGGAUCAGCGCAACUUUGGUCUACUCGUGCUCUUAUACUUUAUGCAGGGCGUACCCAUGGGCCUGGCAACUGGCUCGGUACCAUUCCUGCUCAAGGAUCACAUGUCGUACAGUGAGAUUGGAGUUUUUAGUCUGGCGUCGUACCCAUACUCUCUGAAGCUCCUCUGGAGCCCCAUUGUCGAUGCGAUAUGGAGCCCGCGUAUAGGCCGCCGUAAGAGCUGGAUUCUGCCCAUCCAGAUCCUCUCGGGUCUGGGCAUGCUCUUGCUCGGCUCGACGGUGGAGAAGAUGAUGGCCAUGACGGGCAAGCCCGGUGGACCAACUGUCUGGGGCUUCACCGGCUGGUGGUUCUUCCUCGUGCUCAUGUGUGCCACUCAGGACAUCGCCGUCGACGGCUGGGCCCUCACACUUCUCACUCCCGGCAACAUAUCAUACGCCUCGACUGCGCAGACGGUAGGGUUGACGGCCGGCCAAUUCUUGUCUUAUACUGUCUUCCUUGCCUUCAACUCCAAAGACUUCGCCAACAAGUGGAUCCGAACAACCCCCCUGGACCACGGCCUGCUCAGUCUUGGCGGAUACCUGAGCUUCUGGGGCUGGACCUUCAUCAUAGUCACGAUCGGGUUGGCCGUGCUGAAGCGCGAGGACCGCACGCGCAAUGAGGAUGGCGUCUGGGAUGUCUACCGCAUCAUGCUGGGCGUGCUGAAGCUGCGGCACGUCCAGACCAUCAUUGCCGUGCAUCUGAUAGCCAAGGUCGGUUUCCAGGCCAAUGACGCCGUCACCAACCUCAAGCUGCUCGACAAGGGCUUCGGCACUGACAACAUGGCGCUCACGGUCCUGAUUGAUUUUCCAUUCGAGAUCGGCCUCGGCUACUACGCCGGCAAGUGGUCGCAAGAGUAUACGCCUAUGCGCUUGUGGUGCUGGGCGUUUAUCGGCCGUCUGAUCGCGGCCCUGGCGGCGCAGUUUACCGUGUAUAUUUUCCCGGCGGGUGGUGUAACACCAUGGUAUAUGCUCCUUGUGAUCGGGGAGCAUAUAUUUUCGACCUUCACAAACACUGUCAUGUUUGUGGCAGUAUCGGCCUUCCACGCCAAGAUUGCGGAUCCCAUCAUCGGUGGCACAUAUAUGACGCUGCUUGCAACUGUGUGCAACCUUGGUGGCACAUUCCCCAGGCUGUUCGUGCUCAAGGCCGUCGAUGCCUUCACCACCGCGACCUGCCACCCGCCCAGCUCGCUGUUGGAUCAGGACAUCAAGAAACUCAAAGGUCCCCUGGUCACGCAGCCGUUCUCAUGCGCCGUCCAGGCCGAGAAAGAGCGCUGCUUGGCAGGCGGCGGCAUCUGCGAAAUCACACGCGACGGCUACAACAUUGUCAACCUCCUGUGCGUCGCGUUUGGCAUAAUAACGUUUGUCACGUUCAUUCGCCCACGGGUUAUGCAGCUUCAGGCGCUGCCCCUGAGGGCUUGGAGGCUUAGCAGCAUGGGUUCGCGAUGA